GGUACGAGUGGUGGCCGCGUCAGCCCAGUGAAUCGAUGGGAUGAUGUGCUGUCCGGUCGCGGCCGAAGGGUGCCGCCGUUGCGCUCGUGCCGCGUGCUGCCGGCGCGGUCAUGAGUGAGGCCGAGGCUGCUGAUGCGGGUCGCGUGAACGGAGUUGGCCGCCACUUCUCGAUGGGGGGAGAGGUGGCGCAGGACGAGCGGCCCGCGCAGAAGCCGCUCCGCAAGACCAAGUCCGUGUCGUUCCACAGUGCAACAUGUUUGAGGAGCGAGCGCAAGGUGUCCAGCGUGCAAGAGUGCCUGCAGCGAAUGGUGGCAGGCAGCACACUGAUCAAGAUCAGACCCAACCUGCGCCAGUACCACCGCUUCUUCAGCGUCACUGAAGACCUGGCCGCGGUACGCUGGGUCCCCUCGAAGAAGUCCAACAAAGCCCAAGUGCCCAUCGACUCCAUUAAAGAGAUUCGCACUGGCAAGAACACGCCGAUAUUUCGGAACAAGGAGUUCAGUGGGGCUUACUGUGAAGAAUGUGCCUUCUCGAUCAUUUAUGGUGAAGACUACGAGUCCCUCGAUCUGGUGGCCACGUCUCCGGAUGAGGCCAACAUCUGGAUCACCGGGCUGAACGCCCUCAUAGCACCGGACGGCAUGGACGGCAAGGCGGCGGUGCGCGAGCGGUGGCUGGGCGAGAUGUUCGCACGCGCCGCCGGCGACACGCUGGGCCUGCUGGACGAGCGGGCCGCCAUCGAGCUGAUGCGUCGACUGAACUCACAGAUCACUACCGGCAGGAUCAAACAGAAGCUGGCGGAGUACGACAACCAGAGAGCAGACGGCGACGCCAGGGGUAUGCUGACGAGCAGGGAGUUUAUUGACAUGUUCAAAGAAAUCGCCACGCGUCCUGAUAUCUAUUUCCUGUUACUCAGGCAUUCCAAUAAAGAAUAUAUGACAGUGGAAGACCUUCACUUGUUCUUGGAAGGAGAGCAAGGGAUGACAGGGCUGACGUGGGAGAAGUGCAUGGACAUCAUCAAGCACUACGAGCCCAACCCGGAGUCGCGGAGGAACGGCCAGCUGAUGAUUGACGGCUUCACGCGCUACCUGCUGUCGGCCGAGUGCGACGUGUUCAGCUCGCGACACCGCAAGGUCUGCCAGGAGAUGACGCACCCACUCACCCACUACUUCAUCUCGUGCUCCCACAACACGUACCUGAUGCAGGACCAGCUGCGCGGCCCGUCCAGCGUUGAGGGCUACAUCCGAGCGCUGAACAACGGCUGCCGCUGCGUCAAGGUUGACUGCUGGGACGGUCGAGACGAGGAGCCACUGGUCUACCACGGCAACACGCUGACGUCUCGCACGCCGCUGCAGGACGUGCUCCGCACCGUCAGUGACUAUGCCUUCGAGGU